GGGUUUGCAAGUGGAAUUAUCCACGAAAUUGAUGCAGCAAUCGAAGAAAUACGAAAGCACUUAAGAGUUAGAGUCAUCAUUACUGAUGGAGAUCCCGGAUAUGAUAAGCAUCAAGAUGAAUUUAUUAAUGAAAUUUUGCAAGGUAAUGAUCCCGAAGAAAUAUUUAAAAGAGCUACUGCUAUCUUAAAGAAAGGAGAUCAAGUUGUAUGGAUUAAUGAUCUCAUACAUAUGUCAAAACUUGAACGUACCAGAUUACUCGAUGCAACACUUAAGCUUUUAGUUCAUCCAUCUGAUCUGAAUACAAUUGUUAAUGUUAACAAGAUCAGAGAUGCAAUCGAAUUAGGUGAUGCUCUUAAUGAUACUUCACCUCUGGGAAGGAUAAAAGAUAAAUAUCCGAUCACAAUAUUUUCAAUUAGAGCUGUAAAGGCGCUUCUAUAG